UUUAUUUUCAGUAGAAAAGCAUUGUUAAUACAUUUCUAGCGCCGUUUUCCGUAAUUAAAAUAGUAAAAUGAAUCCUGGUUUGAAAACCGCAACUCGAGAUGACGAAAAUGUAAAGAAAGUUCUGGUAACUGGUGGAGCGGGUUACUUGGGUUCUACUAUGGUUCCCAUGCUGCUGGAUGAAGGAUAUGACGUCGUAGUGUAUGAUAUAUUCAAAUGGGGUGUCUAUCCAUUAACGCCAGUGGUUGGAAAUCCAAGGCUCACUGUUAUAAACGCUGACAUUUUGGACACAGACAAACUGGAAAAGGCAUUGAAAGACGUCGAUGCUGUUAUACACCUGGCAGCAAUAGUUGGCUACCCUGCUUGCUCAAAGGAGCCAGAAGUUGCUCGGCAAGUUAACGUAGAAGGAACGAGAAACGUUGUAAACGCGUUGUUGCCUCACCAACGUGUCAUUUAUGCGUCAACAGGUUCAUGUUAUGGAGCAGUGGACGGUACUUGUACGGAAGAAACUCCAAUCAGCCCAAUUACAUUGUAUGGGGAAACUAAGGCAGAAGGAGAAAAAUUAGUUCGUGCUAAGGGCGGGGUUGGCCUUCGACUGGCUACUGUUUUUGGGGUUUCUCCACGUUUACGUUUGGAUUUGCUGGUUAACGACCUUACGGCCAAAGCUGUGAAAAUGAGGACAUUUGAUCUUUAUGAAGGUGGAUUCCGCAGGACCUUUUUGCAUGUUCGUGAUGCUGCAAAGGGAUUCGUAUUCGCCCUGCAACAUUACAAUGCUAUGAGCGGGCAAGCUUUUAACGUGGGAGACGAAUCUAUGAACCUCACAAAGCUUGAAGUAGCAAAGUUGAUUGAAGGGAACGUGGAUGGUUGUCAUAUCACUGAGUCUAACAGUGGUACUGACAUGGAUAAGCGAGAUUAUGCCGUGUCUUAUGCCCGUAUUAGGUCCCUGGGUUACCAGGCUAAGAUAGAUGUUAAUACUGGCAUAGUGGAGCUGCUGAAAGUAAUUCCAAAUAUGAAAGCGGAUGAAAUUCCACGCUGCAAGAAUGUCUGAAAUACCAUAUAGUUUCCAACGCUUUGUAGUAGUGCCUUUCUUGCUUGUCUUAUAACGUAUAUAGUAGGGUGGGGGGAAAUGAGACACAUUUUUAUUCUAUUUUCACGCACCAUAUCGGUAGUUAACAAAGAACAUUCGUUAUAAAACCGUAUUCUUACAACUCCCAUAGGCAGUUGUUAUGAAUUGUUCAAAACACGAACAGGAUAUUUAAAUAUUAUAUAUGCUAAAUGUGUCCCGUCUUUCCCCACCCUCCAUAUGUGUUCUUAAUUUAAUUGUAUGCAGCAACAUUUGACGUUCGCCUAAUUUAUAAUUUAUAAACUUACUUCUACUACAAGUACACGGUAUACUGGUAUUUAAAUGUCUUUUUGGUAUAAAAAUUAUCAUAGUGCUAAUAAUGUUAUUUAUUUAUAGUUACAACUGAUAUAUAUUGCUCGUAUAUUUACAAAUCGAACAAUUUUAUAUUUAAUCUACAGGCCUUACAGCGUAUUUAAAAUAAAAUUUCGCAAAAUCGAAACACGAUUUUUGAUCAGAAA